AUGACCGAUCAUUGCGCCACAUCACCAUGUCGAAAUGGUGCAAUAUGUGUGAAUCAGGGGGCGCAAUAUAUGUGUGAAUGUUUACUUGGUUUUGAAGGUGCACAUUGUGAGCAUAAUAGAAAUGAAUGUGAUUUAUUGCAUAAAUGCUCACAAGAAGGUACCGAACUUUGUGAAGAUUUAAUUAAUGGUUACAAAUGUAACUGUCGUCAUGGCUAUACUGGAGAAUUAUGUGAAAUUCACGUUGAUCAGUGCGCAUCUGAACCAUGUCUUAAUAAUGGUACAUGUGUAGAUAUUGGUUCACAAUUUCGGUGUGAUUGUCCACGUGGUUGGAAAGGUAGCAAAUGUGAGGAAGAGGAUGGCUUAUGUGCAUUAAAUCCAUGCCAUAAUGAUGCACAUUGUGUUAAUCUUGUCGGUGAUUAUUUUUGUGUAUGUCCGGAAGGUGUUAGCGGAAAAGAUUGCGAAAUUGCACCAAAUCGUUGUCUCGGUGAACCAUGUCAUAAUGGUGGUGUUUGCGGUGAUUUUGGUUCACAUUUAGAAUGCAAUUGUCCAAAAG